UGUUUUAGUACCCGAUGAGAGAGUGGGAGAGUAUCCCCAGUCUACCCCCGUAUGUAUUUUUUUGAAAGCCUAUAGCGUUCUUUCAAUCCCUUCCCUUGCAUGAGCGAUUCAAAGUUUUCUCUCCGCCUACAAAUGCUAUUGGCUGCUUGUGGGACCACCCCUAAUUUUAAGUCCCAAUUAGCUUUCCCAGAAAAGCUAGGCAGUUUUCCUUCCAGAGAUCCGCUUUUAGCGAUUGACAAGUGACGUAGAGACAAUGGUCACAAAAAUGCACUUAGACCGAUAGGCCAGCAGAGUGCCCGAAGAUGAACAUGAGCUGAUAGGACUAGAGAACGACAAACAAUACUUAUAGUGAUUGACGAGUAACCUAGAGGCAUGCACCAAGACCGAUGGGUCUCGUGAUAGUCAUUUUUGGCAGGAGAUCCCUUAUUUUGUUGCGCUACCUACAGAGAGCGCGGAGAUUAACACGUCGUACUGACUUUGACGAGUUUCCUAGAGGCCUGCAGGAAAUCCCCAAAAAGAUGCAGAGGCACCGAUAAGUUUUAUGAAGAUACCCCUCCCUUUUUUUUCGUUUCGCUAGCAGUGGACAAAAAUGCGUGAGUGUCGCAGAUGCCUGCAGAGAUGAACGUUGUAAAGGCUUUUAGCGUUUGACGAGUGACCGAAGAGGGCCGCAGGAAUCUAGAAACUAUACCCGCUGGCAAGACCUUUCUUUUUGUUUCGCUACCCACGGUGAAAAUCAAUUAUUUUUUGGAAAAGGUCUGCAAAAGUGCCCAUAGAUUAUCUCACGAAGGCAAGUGACAUUUUUAUUUGACAGGGAGGAGCAUGGUCAAGGGAGGUGUUUUUGAAAUUAAGGGAGAAACAUUUUUCUCCAAUUAGAGGACUUUUCAGGAAAGUAGUGGGAAAAGAAGCUCAGCAAAUCAGAUGAUUUUCGGCAAAAUAAUUAAAAGUGUGCUCCUGUUUUCGAGUAUAAAUAACCCCUCAAGAUACACCGGAGUCAGUCACAGGUUUUCUUGCAAGCUGUCAAGAAAAUGUCUUCGAAGAAAAGUUCACCAAUGCAGCCUUCUCGGAGCCGAUGAAGUCUACAGGAUGCUCAGGAGCGUAUACGUUGGCUGAUCGCCAACGCACCGACUCUCCUGACGAUGCUAGACUACGUGUCCUGGGCCAUGGACAUAGUAGAAACAUUGCCGCAACCACCGAAUGCUGCUUUGCAACAAUUGGCGCCGCGACGAUCGCCGGCAGCUGACCCGCCUCGUCGAUCGCCGGCAGCUAACCCGCCUCGUCGAUCUCCGGCGGCUGACCCACUGCGGCGAUCCCCGGCUGCUGACCCGCCGCGGCGAUCUCCGGCAGCUGACCCACCGCGGCGAUCCCCGGCGGCUGACCCGCCGCAGCGAUCCCCAGCUGCUAACUCGUCUGGACGAUCCCCAAUGGCUGAGCAGCCUCGGCGAUCACCGACGACUGAGCAGCCUCGGCAAUCCUCGGCGACCCGAAGAAGACGGUCUCGCUCGAGCUCCAGUUCAAGUGGAACAUCAUCCAGUUGCGCAUCGUGCAAAUCCGUUAAAAGUAUACGUGAUCUCAAGCGGAUUCCUAAAGUUACAUCCUCGAAUAUGAAGAGAAAAGCAAAUGAACAAGAAGGCAACGAGCAGAAGAAGAAGAAGGCAGGAGAGAGAGAGAGAGAGACGUCACCAAAACCAGGAACAUCUACAAUGACUUCAGAGGUUACGAGGCCAGUACCGAGACGUGGUAUUUUACAAUUGAAAAGGACAGACAGUCAACAGCAGCAGCAACAGCAGCAACAGCAACAGCAGCAGCAGCAACAGCAGCUGCAACCACAACAACAGCAACAGCGACCACAGCAACAACAACGCAAUUUACCGAGGAUUAUAGAUGAUAAGAUAAUAAUAGAUCAUGUAAACGUAAAUAAAAUUUACAAAAAUUAUAAAAAAAAAUAAAUUUAAAGAACUGUGAACACCUCACCAUUAAUUAAAACUUUGAAUUCCGGAAAAUUCCCGCCAGCGCUGACCGUUGGUUAACUGAAGCUGAUGCGCAUGCGCGUCAGCUCCGGUUAACCUACGACGGACACUGGCGGGAGUUUUCCCAAAUUCAAAGUUUUAUAUAACUAUAGGUGUACGAAAUUUUUAGAAAAGUUGAAAAAAUUGUAAAAUAUUUAA